AGAGAGAGAGAGAGAGAGAGAGAGAGAGAUGAGUCAUUGCGCAGCAGCAGAUUGGAAUCUGAGGCAACAAAGACAAGAACAAGUCGAAGGAGGAGAGGGGAGUAAUAGAUCCACUCACGUGCAGAUCCCCCAGAUUCAUCCCCAUCAUCAUCCUCAACCUCACUAUUCUUCUUCUUCUCUUCCUUCCAUGUCAAAUCAUGGAGUAGCAGAGCUGACAUGGGAGAAUGGGCAGCUAGCCAUGCAUGGCCACGGCCUACUGAAGCCCCCGUUGGGAGGCAGUGACACUCUAGAGUCCAUCGUCCACCAGGCCACGUGUCACAAGAAGAACCCACCAUCUCCCCGACACGACCAACGCUCACCAUCGUCACUGCAUCGCGUGAGACUAUCGUCAUCAGCGGGCGGCAUAUUGGACAAGAGCCAUGCCGGGCAGCAAUGUCCGGUGAACAAUCACUUGAUCAAGAAGAGGAAGCGGUCGGACUCUGAGCCCGUCCCUGUUGUGAAGAAGAACUUGGGCAAUGGCGUCGGAAGGUGUACCACUAGAGGGGAACGCAGCAGCAUAUGUGGUAGCGCCAGCGCGACGAUUUGCCGGGACGAUGACGCGACGAUGACGACGUGGGCUUCCUUUGAAUCUCCCGUGAGCUUCAAGAACAAAACCACGGAUGAUGACGACUCGGCUUCCCACGGCGAAUCGGAAAAUCUAGAUGAAGAUGAUGAGGACAAAGGUGAAAUUGGCCCUCCACAAUCAACCAGGAGAAGUAGAGCUUCUACGAUUCAUAAUCUCUCAGAGCGGCGACGUAGAGAUAGGAUAAACCAGAAGAUGAAGGCCCUGCAGAGGUUGGUGCCCAAAGCAAGCAAGACCGAUAAGGCUUCGAUGCUGGACGAGGUGAUAGAGUACUUGAAGCAACUCCAGGCGCAAGUCCAGAUGAUGAGCCUCCGCAACAACAUGCCCCAGAUGAUCCUGCCCAACUUGGCGAUGCAGCACCAGCAACUCCAGAUGUCCCUCCUCGCGGCGCGCACAGCUGGGGUCGGGCUCGGAAUGCUCGACGUCAAUCCCAUGGCGCACGCGGCAGCCGCGUUCAUGCCACAGGCCUACAUGGUGCCCCCACUUGUGGCUGCGCAGCACUUCCAAGCUCAAGUGAAUCCGGAGGGCAGGAGCAACGCUCCGGUGCUGCCCAUGCCGGACCCUUAUUGUGCCUAUCUCGCACAAGAUAUGAACAUGGAACACUUCAACAAGAUGGCCACGCUCCAUCGGCAACAGGUCCAUCAAACAGCUCAGGCGUGCCGCCCUUCGCGGUCGAACCGUGCGGAAGGAGAAUGAACUUUUUCUUUUCAAAUAAUAAGGUGAGAAUAAAGGGAAAAAUUAGAAGAAUCCUUCUAAAGAACUCGUCGAGAGCCGAGCAUACUUAAUCACUGGAGAUUUCAGUCUGUACGUUGCAUUUCAUAUGAUGUUUGUGGUUCAGAUUCUAGUUAAGAAAAGUAUAUAUAGGUUUUAAGCUAAUACCUAUCUGUACUUCUAAUGAACUUUUUCUUUUCAAGUAGAAACCUGUGUACGCUAUUUAAGCUAAUACAAUUUCCUCGAUUCUGCAUC